ACAUGAUUACGUAUUUUAUUAAACAAAUAAAUCAAGUUAGGAAUAUUAUUUGGCCUCGCAAAUAUUCAAUUUCAUUGUUUAUUCGCAAGUAUAUUCGAAUCCCACAAACAGCGGCUCGUUACUAAAGACCAACUUUGAUCCAAAUAGGAUGUAAAAAAUCGAUCACAUUUCAUCAAUUUAGCUCGACGUGUUACAUAAAGUUUAUAAUUUCUUUUCUUCUCUUUCCUAGCAAUUAGCGCUACAGUAAUUUCUCGUUCAUUCUCGUCAACACCGUAUGACGAAUCAUGCUACACAUGAUUUCUAUCAGAAGAUGUAAUGCAGCACGGAUAGCAUGGAAAAAAAUUUCCACCCAUUGUGUGAGCCGCGACCAUUAUGACCGCAGGGUAGGAAUUUAAAAAUGCGUUCUAAUCUCGAAGGUUAAACAGAGAAAUUAAAAUAUUCUUUAACGACGCGUUUAUUCAACGGUGUAAUCUCAAUUUUAAAUUUUAUAAGAAAAAUUUCAUAGAAGGUUGAACCCGUUUGUCCAAUACCAAUGCUGUACAUUCAAAAGACGGAGAAGCUUGCAUAUUCGUCGGAUCUAGGUUAGGUUACGUCGAAUCGAGUGAAGAGCACAAGGCAUAUGUGAUAACACAUCUGCACACACGCACACAUAAACACAGCUGCAGCGGAGAACCGUCAAAGCAGAAAUGUCAAACAUCAUGUUUCACAAAAGAACUUCAGGGACCCGGUAGACGUUCGGUGUUUUGAUAAAAAUUGCUUACUCGCUGCCAGUCGUGAUACGCAAUAUCAUCAACGCGUUCAAUAUCAUCCACCUAAAAAUGAACGUCGAGGAAAACAGGUUAAGAACGUUUUCGGACUGGCCGUCGAACGCGGCGGUCGACUGCAACCGCAUUGCCAGGGCCGGAUUUUACUAUACGGGUCGGAGCCUUGAGGUUCAAUGUUUUUUAUGUGGUGGCAAAAUAACCGAAUGGAAUUAUGGGGACCAGGUGAUGGCUCGCCACCGUCAGCUCGAUCCGAAUUGUCCCUUUGUUCUGAAUCCAUCUAGCACUUGCAACGUACCAUUAGUCUCAUCGCCAAAUCCUCUAUCCUCCUCCUCGUCAUCAUCGUCGUCAUCAGUCUCUCGGCAGCAGCCGAACAACCGUAACCCGAUACCAGCCGUAUCUGCAGCCGUAAGAAGAAGCCAGGAACCGAGAGCAGAGUACAGAACCGAGGCUCAGAGACUGAGAUCGUUCGUCAAUUGGCCUGUGCCAAUGAUCGUGUCACCAGAAAGCCUUGCCAAAGCAGGAUUUUAUUACCUUCAAGAAGCCGACAUGGUGGAGUGUGCAUUUUGCCGUGGUAUUAUCAUGAAGUGGGAAUCUGGCGACGAACCUGACAGAGAGCACAGAAUUCACUUCCCAACCUGUGAUUUCUACCUACAUAGAGAAAAUAAUGAAUUAGUAUCUACAGAGAACGUGGAGUUGGGUAAUGUGAAAUUGACUUCAGGGACAGAGUCAGACUUAACGGAGCUUGGAAUUCAAGCGCACACCGCGCCUCGACAACCCAAACAUGCCACCUAUGAAGGUAGAUUACGAACAUAUCAAGGAUGGCCUGAAAGCCUGAGACAAACCCCCGAAAUGUUGGCUGAUGCAGGUUUCUACUACGUCGGGGUUGAGGACCAAGUCAGGUGUUUCUACUGUGAUGGAGGAUUGCGUAAUUGGGAAGCAACGGAUGACGCAUGGACCGAGCAUGCCAAAUGGUUUCCAAAAUGUGGAUUCGUCGCUCUAGUUAGAGGACAAGAAUUCAUCAAACAUUGUAUAGACAAUCGACCGCCUCUAGAUCCUUCGAUAUUUGCUGGAGUGGCAGACAAUGGAUCCGGUGACGUAAGAGAAACUCAUCCACCCUCGCUAUCAACGGUUACCCCGCCAAACAUACGCAGCGUCACCGAAGCUGAGAUUGAAGAGUUACUCAACACAGCUCCUGCAUUGGCAGCACUGGAAAUUGGCUUACACGUUGGAAGAGUCAAAGCAGCGCUUAGACAAAGAAUUGAACAAACAGGUAUCCCAUUCACGAACGCCGAUCAGCUUAUCGAAGAUGCGCUUCAUGUGCAGUUCAGAGAAGAUGGCGGCAGGUCUGACAAUCAUACUCCAGAGUCGCCAUCAGCAGAAUUGACUAAUCUAUUAAACCAAGUCAUAGCAUCAAGAACAUUGAAUGAUUCGGAUAGCAACGGGGAGCAAUUCAGUGGAGAGCAUAGAGUGCAAGAAAAUAUGCCACAAGGUGUUGAUCGGGGUGAAGAUAAAGUCAUGAAUUCCAAAUGCACGGGAACGGUGGAUGGAAACGAGAGUUCUGUGGAAAUCAAAAAACGUGAAUCUAGCGAAAGUUGUACAGUUUCCCUGGAGGAAGAGAAUAGAAGACUAAAAGAAGCUCGAUUGUGUAAAAUCUGUAUGGACAAAGAGGUGGCAGUAGUUUUUCUACCGUGUGGACAUUUGUCAACGUGUGUUCAUUGUGCCCCGUCUUUGAAACAUUGUCCAAUGUGUCGUCAAGAAAUUCGAGCCACAGUCCGGACAUUCUUAGCAUAAUUUCCAUGAUAUUAUUGGUGAUAUACCAAACACCUAACGAAAUUGUAUAUUUUACUUCUUAUUAUUGCUGUUUUUGAGCCAAUUUUUUCAUAGCACCAACCAAAAUAACCAAAGUAAAAAAAUGUGAAUUUAUUAUAGAAAAAUGAAUGUUUUUUUUUUUUUUUUUUUGCAAAUUAUUUUCUAUACUUCGGAUCAAAUCUGUAUGAUGGUGAUCAUCAUAAUUUUUAUUUACUGAAAUGUAAGUACUUAUAGAUCCUAGUCGUCGGUAAAUCAUAGUUUCCAAUAUUAUUCUCGACAAAUUGAAAUAUUUGCAAGCAACCAUUUGACGUUGAUGUUAACAAAGUUAUAGAAGGUAGCUAAUUUACACGAACAUUUGGAACACUGAUCAUGCAAUUGUUCAACCUAAAUCGUCUAAAAUGUAUACUAAGAAAUAUCAAAAGCUGUUCCAUAGUUGUAAGAAGACAUGUUGAUAUAUACUACUUUAUCAUAAUAUAAUCAACUGAGAUUGCACUAUUUAUUUUUUUCCGAGAUCUUUACAUACUAAUUUAUUUUGUUGAAUAAAAUACUAUACAGAUAUAAUUAUACUAUUAAAUGUUAAAUCGAGCUAUAUGGGCUAAAUAAACUAUGAACAUUA